AUGGCCCUCGGCACUACCACACUCAAACAUCAACGCCGCUUCUCUUUCUCCUUCUCCACCAAGCUCACCAGCUUCAGAAAACCACAGCAAGCCGUCCCUCACAGCCAAGCCGAGCACGGCAAGGUCGAAAUGGUCGUCCCACCACCACAACAGCCAGAACAAACCCUCGACCAACCACACCACUAUCACAAUCAUCGAACCGAACAACAGAACUUCUCAAUGCCCAACCGUCAACCUCGCGUCCACUUCGCUGGUUCACCAUCCUAUACAUCCCAACAGAACUACUCUCACGAGGACCGCCACCGAUCCAACAGCCAAUCCUCUGCCUCGUCUUCCUACCGGUCUCAACACGUAUUGAGCUCCAAUAACGGCGCAGGCACAAAUUCCAACCCGGUCAGCGUGGCUUCAUCACGCUCAUCCUUUGAGAUCGAGCCUUCGGGGCCUGUGGCCGAGUGGUGCCACCAGAUGCAUAUCAUGCAGGCAAGGAAGUAUGACUGGUGCUCGGCAUGCUUUCCACGGCCGGUGCCGGUUCGGGAUGAGGCUUACGUUGAAGCCACCGAGGAGGUCGAAGCGGACUACAGACAGAGCUAUCAACAAGCCGAGGAGGACGAGUGGGCUAGACGGGAGAAGCUGGUGAGGCGAGUAAGAGAGAGUAGGUCGGCGACACACGCUUAUCAGUGA